CGCGGGCGCGCUCACAGCCCCGGGCGGGCCUGGCUGCUCGGGAGCGCGCGCCGGGCCCCACCCUGCCUCCAUCCGCCGGGUGCCCUUCCGACGUAGCGGCCCGCACUGGCAGGGUCGGCCUGGUAAGGGAAGCAGAAAGCAGGGGGAGAAGGACUGGCGCCGGGAGCCCACCCGCGCUAGAAGGUUACCGAGAACCUUCGCCCCAGUCCCACAAAAACUACAGUUGACAGUUACCACUAGAGGAGACAGCACAAGAAAUUCAUCUCGUUACCAGUGGCAGUUAAAUAUUUGUGGGAAAAAACAAAAAAACAAAACCUGCAGUUUUGAUUCAUGGAACCUCAAAGAAAGCAGAGAAGAUAGGAUUUACAGAAGGUGCAGAUUUGGGCAGAUCUGAAGACUGACAGUUUGUGAAUUUGUAAAACAGAAGACCUGUUGGAAAUGUGGUGGUUUCAGCAAGGCCUCAGUUUCCUUCCUUCAGCUCUUGUAAUUUGGACAUCUGCUGCUUUCAUAUUUUCAUACAUUACUGCAGUAACACUCCACCACGUAGACCCUGCUUUGCCUUACAUCAGUGACACUGGUACCGUAGCUCCAGAAAAAUGCUUGUUUGGUGUAAUGCUAAAUAUUGCUGCAGUUUUAGGCAUUGCUACCAUUUAUGUUCGUUAUAAGCAAGUUCAUGCUCUGAAUCCUGAAGAGAACCAUAUCAUCAAAUUAAACAAGGCUGGCCUUGUACUUGGAAUACUGAGUUGUUUAGGACUUUCUAUUGUGGCAAACUUCCAGAAAACAACACUUUUUGUUGCACAUGUAAGUGGAGCUGUGCUCACUUUUGGUAUGGGCUCAUUAUAUAUGUUUGUUCAGACCAUCCUUUCCUACCAAAUGCAGCCCAAAAUUCAUGGCAAACAAGUCUUCUGGAUCAGACUACUGUUCGUUAUUUGGUGUGGAGUAAGUGCAUUUAGCAUGCUGACUUGCUCAUCAAUUUUGUACAGUGGCAAUUUUGGGACUGAUUUAGUACUGAAACUCCAUUGGAACCCUGAGGACAAAGGUUAUGUGAUUCACAUGAUCACCACUGCAGCAGAAUGGUCUAUGUCAUUUUCCUUCUUUGGUUUUUUCCUGACUUACAUUCGUGAUUUUCAGAAAAUUUCUUUACGGGUGGAAGCCAAUUUACAUGGAUUAACCCUCUAUGACACUGCUCCUUGCCCUAUUAAUAAUGAACGAACACGACUACUUUCCAGAGAUUUUUGAUGAAAGGAUAAAAUAUUUCUAUAACGAUUAUGAUUCUCAGGGAUUGGGGAAAGGUUCACAAAAGUUGCUUAUUCUGCUCUGAAAUUUUCAACCGGUUAAUCAAGGCUGACAGUGACAUUGGUGAAUACUGAUAAUCAGGAAACAUGAACUAAGCCAUUUGAUGAGUUGUUUUAAAGGAUAUCAUCAAGAUGACUUUAAAAACAUUUAUGCCUAUACUUUUUUAUCCCAGAAAAUAAAACCAAAGGACUAUAA